AUGAUUGGAUUCUUCCGAAGAGUUUGUUUUGUUGUGCUCUGUUCUGGCCACUACCUUUCUCCGCUCUGACCUGUGACUGUGCGCAAUCAAAUUCAAAUCUUUCUUCCCGUGGGUGACUGUGCGCAAUCAAAUUCAAAUCUUUCUUCCCGUGGGCGGAUGGCCUCGAUCCUCCUUUUCCAAUCCACCACACUGUUCGUUUUCCGUACCAUUUCUUUUUCCCAAAAUUUCGAGAUUUUUUUUAGCCGAACACACCCUUCCAGAUGCCCCGCUUCGGUUUCCGAAUCCCUCGCGCUAAAAAUCCUCACGAGAAUCUCUGGUCAGCGAGCUACUAAAAAGGACGCUCUUUGUUUCCUGUCACGGGUUGACUCGCGCUCUGAUUCCCCCCUGGCGGGCAAACGAGAUUGCCUGCACAAAUUCACCGCAUAUAUUCCUCUUUGUUGCAUCGCCAGCAGCUUUUUACAGGCGAACAGAAACCAGACCAUGAAUUUUGUGCCAAGGUGGGUGCCGUAUGGCGUAUGCAGAGCAGCAGCAGCAACCUGCCUACACCCUACAGAUCGUUCGAUCCAACUUGUCUGACUUCAUUAAGGCGAAGUCACAAAGGGAACACUGUAGCAUGCGUACUGUAGCGAUCGAUCAUAUCAUUGGACGGCCCACAGAGGCUCAAAAGUCACGGGAAUGGUGUUAAUCCCGAUUGCAGAUCGUUGGCACCCCGAAGCGAACAGUCAAAGCACGCAUUUUAUCCCUCUGCGGCAACGCUUGCACAGUGAACUUUUAUGGAUUUGCUUCCUCUUUUAGCCAGUACCAGGUGCAGUGAGCCGUGCGGGCGUGCGGCAAUUACUCCGCCCUCCUCUCCUUCCAUGGUGGAUUCCUGUUCAGUUUGUCAGGGAAGGCUGCCCUUGCCUGUGCCUUUCUGGGCAUCUCUUGGCACUUGCACACACUUCGCACUUUCGCAGCAGCAUGUUCUUUCCCUCUGCUGUGCUGUUAGGGCCAACCCUACCUAAAAAUAACCCAGCUAAUCAACCACCAAUCUGCAUCUUUGUUUUAGUUUUUUUAAUCGUCCGUAUCCCUAUGAUUGGUCCUAUAUUUCACGAAAGAAACGUAUCUAUAUGACUGAUGUGUAAAGGAUGUGGUAGAGUGGUCAGUGGUAGGUGUCAUUGCUAGUAUGGGGCUCUGGACACCGAAAGAAUGGUACAGUGAGUUGUAAGCUUGCAAAUUGCCUGGUCAUCUGUUGUUAAUUUGCUAUGUUUAUGUUUCGUUAUUUAAGAUACUGCUUUAUUGCUUGUAUUGUCAAACUGGCAUCAGGAAUCAUAGUUUGGAUAGCCUAGCAAGCUGUUCUCCUCCUGGCUCCUGCCAGUAUCUGUCUAGCUUUUAUAGGUUUGUCUCAUGUUGCAAUUCUUAUGCUUGUGGAAUCUGUAGUGAAAAAAAAGGUUGAGAGAUAAUACCUACUUUCUCGGGAUUCUGAUGGAUUAUAUUAGUAUAAGUUCGGGUUGGAAAGUGAAGACCAACUUAACAUUAUUCUGUCAAUCUUUCUACAGGUGGUUUGCAAAGUUGCCCUAUUUUUCUGGUUGUUGGCUUUAGUAGGUGUACAUCAUACCACUUUUUUUUUUUGCUUUUACUCCCUUUUCUCUUGUUAUCCUGGCCUGCUAUGGUAUCCAUUUUAUAAGUUAGUGAAUUUGUACAGUUCUCAUGUCAGGGUAGAGUUCAGUGUCCUUAAAUACUUUCUUGCUAUUCUUUUGAUAGACUUCCCCAACUGUGCUGCAGGUUUGGUUUCCAGCUCGGUUAGUAGUUGUAAACCGAGCCAGGAUUCUGCCAGUACAAAUGCCGAUCUGUAGCUGUGAACAGACAAUCAAUGAGUUUGAGACAUUAACACGCGAUCGCGAUGCUGGACGCGUGCAGCAGGAUACACUAAGAAAGAUCCUCGAGUUGAACGCUGAUGCUGAAUAUCUGAACCACUAUGGCCUCAAUGGGAGGGCGGAUGUAGAGAGCUACAAAUCUUGCAUCCCCCUGUGCGUUCACAGCGAUGUUGAGCCAUAUAUCCAAAGGAUUGCUGAUGGUGAUACCUCACCACUGCUCACUGGGAAGCCCGUCACUUCCCUGUCUCUCAGUUCUGGGACAACACAGGGAAAGCCCAAGUUCUUGCCAUUUAAUGAUGAAUUGCUUGAGACCACACUUCAAAUAUUCCAGACUUCUUAUGCAUUUAGGAACCGUGAAUAUCCCAUAGGCAAAGGAAAAGCCUUGCAGUUUAUCUAUGGUAGCAAGCAAGUGAUAACAAAAGGUGGCAUCCUUGCUACAACUGCAACAACAAACUUGUACAGGAGGUCACGUUACAAGGAAGGGAUGAAGGAUAUCCAGUCUCAGUGCUGCAGUCCUGAUGAAGUUGUUUUUGGCCCUGACUUCCACCAGUCCUUAUAUUGUCACUUGCUCUGUGGGUUAAUAUACUCUGACGAGGUCCAUCAGGUGUUCUCAACAUUUGCUCACAGCUUAGUCCAUGCAUUUCAAACAUUUGAGGAGGUUUGGGAAGAUUUAUGUGCUGACAUAAGAGAUGGUGUUCUCUCAAAGAAAGUUACAGUGCCAUCGAUUCGUGAAGCUGUUACGAAGAUCCUGAAGCCCAACCCUGAACUUGCUGAGUCGAUCCACAGGAAGUGUAUUGGCUUGAGCAACUGGUAUGGUGUAAUCCCAGCACUCUGGCCAAAUGCAAAGUAUGUCUACGGCAUCAUGACAGGAUCAAUGGAACCAUAUCUUAAGAAAUUAAGACAUUAUGCUGGCCACUUACCACUGAUAAGCGCAGACUACGGUGCAUCUGAGGGAUGGAUUGGCGCUAAUAUAAACCCCACACUGCCACCUGAACAGGUGACAUAUGCUGUGCACCCUCAGACUGGUUAUUUCGAGUUCAUUCCUUUGGAAAAACCAAAAGGACAGGAGUUGGAGAACAGUGCAUCAAUUCAUUACAUAGAAUCAGAUCCAGUUGGCCUGACUGAAGUCAAGAUCGGCAAAAUCUAUGAAGUUGUAAUAACUACCUUUGGAGGUCUGUACCGGUACAGGCUAGGAGAUAUUGUGAAGGUAGCAGGCUUCCACAACUCAACACCUGAGCUCCAGUUCAUCUGCCGCAGAAGCCUAGUCCUGAGCAUCAACAUCGACAAGAACACUGAGAAAGAUCUCCAACUGGCUGUUGAGGAGGCAGGAAAGCUCUUGGAAGCGGAGAAGCUGGAAAUUGUGGAUUUUACUAGCUUUGUGGAGAAGUCUAGUGAUCCCGGUCGCUAUGUCAUCUUCUGGGAGCUGAGCUCUGAUGCGAGCGAGGAUGUCUUACGAAGCUGUGCAAAUUGCUUGGAUCUAGCCUUUGUUGAUGCGGGCUACGUGGGUUCAAGGAAGAUUAGGACCAUUGGCCCCCUUGAGCUACGGAUUCUUAAGAAGGGAACCUUUGAGGAGAUCCUAGAUUACUUCCUGAGCCUUGGUGGUGCUGUGAGUCAGUUCAAGACGCCUCGAUUCGUCAACCCGUUGAACAUCAAGGUACUGCAGAUACUAAGUAGGAACACCACCAAAAGUUACUUCAGUACCGCCUAUGGGCUGUGACAAAAAAGGAAAUGCUGCUAGUUCCAUGUAAUUAUCUUUUCUUCCAUGUUCUGUUUUAGUCUUCAGAUAAAGAAAACAAUCUGUUUUAGUCUCUUGCCAUAAUACUACAUAUUCUAGUGCUGCUGGUGGCUAGAAUCUCUGUAAAUCCACAUGCAGUUGUACCAAGAGGUAUCAGAAAAAGUGAAGUUGCUGCAUCCUUCCUGUCU